AUGAAUAAAACAUUUUUUCUUGUUCAUCGAUUCAUUGUUGAUGAAAGAUUCAUCACCUGUUGUGAAUCUGCAAAGUCAUCAAAAGAUGCAACAUUGUGCAUGUUAAAUGCAAUAUUUUCCUUUGCUUUCCUUUAUUAUUUUAAACACGCCAUUACUCAUCAUCAGUCAUCGAUCUAUGAAACAACAGAAAACGUUUUAAAACAAAUUAUAUUUCGAAAGAAACAUGAGAUAAAUGUAGAUAAUCAACAUGUGCUCAGUGUCGUGUUUGACUAG